AUGGACGAUUCCACAAGCAACGCGACCCAACUUGAGUCACAGCUUCAAGAUGACAGUGUUCCUAAUGAGCCCAGUAUGCUCGAGAAUGAUAUACGAUCCCAUGUGGAGCAACAGCAACAACGACUUGCAGCUGAUCCCAAGGCGACAUGCAUUGAUACAUUGGAUACUGAGUCUCUUGAUGCAUAUUGGAAAUCAGUGGUGGAUAACUAUCGUGACGCUGAUGUAUUGAGCCGGCUACUAGCAAAUCGACUACCGGGCAAAGAGGGGGGAAUCCCUGCAGUGCAUCGUGCUGUUGUGUGGCAAGCACUUGCUCAGUCAUGCGAUACUCACUUGGCUGCCAUGUACGAUCGACUUGUCGAAGGCGAUAUGGGCAUUUCCUCUUAUGAGCGCCUUAUUGAGAAAGAUGUCAAGAUGGCUGGUCAAGAUGAAUCCACUGCUCGUUUACUCAAGGCGUACAGUGUCUAUGAUGCUCAUGUGGGCUAUUGCCAGGGACUUUUGAUGCUUGUUCGUCCACUUUUAUUAGUGAUGGAUGAAAAGCAGGCGUUUUGUACAUUUGUCAGAUUGAUGGAAGUCCAUGGACUACGCACGCUAUUUAUGCUCAACAUGGAGGGCUUGCAUUUACGCCUGCACCAAUUCCAAUACUUACUAGAGCAACAAUUCCCUACACUUGCCGAGCACUUGACUACCCAUGGAAUGCAUCCACCCAUGUACGCUUCUCAGUGGUUCUUGACAUGCUUCGUUCCUUGUCUUCCUACCAAUCUGGUGGUGCGCAUGUACGAUUUCGUCUUUGCUCAAGGCGCUAUCCUUACCAUGAUGAGAGUGGCGUUGUCUAUCAUGCACAAGCACCAUGACAAGUUACUUACACUCACGACGUUUGAAUCACUUUUAUCACACUUGACACAAUCCAGCCUAUUGGACAAGGAUGAUGAUGGCUUCACUCUUCCUGAAGAUCAUCAAUCGGCUGUGACACCUGCUAAAUUGGACACUUUGGCUCAAACUUAUCGACGACAGCUUGAAGAUGAGCGAGAACGUGCACAACAACUCGUGGCGGUUCAACUUGAAAAAGCCAACAAUACCAAAAAGCCAUCACGGCGUGAAUCUUGGUUUAAUUGGGCCACUACUUCUACACCAGCUACGCCUACUUCACCCACAACCCCAUCAUCUAUCAUCACAACAACAACAACAACAUCAUCCCCCGUUUCAGUGCUUCAUCAGCAAAUUGAGGACCUGGUUACAGCCUUAUCUCAGCUACAAAAAGAGCACUCACAACUCAAUGAGACCAUGACAGCUAUGAAGCUGAAGGAACUUGAUCAAGACAAUGAGCGUACCAAGUUAUCCAAACGCAAUGCUGUUUUGGAAAAGAAGAUCAAGAAAUACAAGUUAAAGUUGGCUCAAGUCAAAGGUGCUGCCAGUGCUGCUGCCAAUGGUGAAGAAGAUGGUGAACACUACAAGUCCUUUGUCAACUCGUUGAGGAUGAGUGGUGACUUUGGUGCACUUGUUGCCACUGCCCUGGCUCAGGAUCCAAGUCGACAUGUUGAAGAUAGCACAGCAAACAAGACGACAUCUGAAUCCAAAAAGGAAAGGUCAAAGCAGAACAAGCGCAAUAGCACAAGUGGACAACAACAACAACAACAACAACCACGUGAGAUGACAUCGGAGCUGGCAGUUGUCAAACACGCCAACUAUGAAUUGAAUCAAAGAUAUGAGCAGUUGACAGCACAAUACAGCCAAGCAGAGCGAGAUUUGAUGGAUGCUCAAAGCCGACAAGAGCAAUUGAAUGAGCAACUUUGUCAGCUUCAAUCCACUGUUGAGCAAAUGCAUGUAGACAAGGAGCAUCUGCUGCAGGAGCACGAGGAACUUGCCAAGGAGAACGAGGAGCUGAUGGAAAAGAGUAUGGCUGCCAAACGUACACAAGCUGAACUCGAGUAUGAAAAGAUGGCAUUAGCCAAGGACAUGGAACGACUUAAUCAACGUAUUGAAACGCUCGAGAAAGAAAAGAAGGAAUAUUUAUUACCACGAUCAUCAUUUACUGAAGAGGUGUUUACUGCUCAUCGGCUCUUGUUUGAUCCACAACCAGCAGCAGCAGCAACACGUAGACCAUCAGCCCCUGCAAGUAGCACUGCUACAUCUCAUGCCGAACCACGAUCCGAAUAUGAAUCCAAAUACGUUGAAAGCGAGUUGCGGUGCCGCGAGUUGGAAAAGUUGUUAGCCGAGGCCAAGGUCAAGUUAGCCGAAUACGAAACUGCCAACAUGCCCUUAUCCCCCCGUGCAUCGUUGCAUCGAAGAACCUCCUUGAUGACGACAGUGACGUCGCCCACAACGACCGAUCGAAGAGACUCAGCAGAGAGCUAUGCCUCAUCCAUUACAUCAGCUACCUCUCUCGGCAGUUAUUCUAAUACCAAGCGAUCCAGCAUGUACGCACGUCUUUGGAAUUACACAACUUCGGCAAAUACACCUGCAAGACACUCCAUUGCUGUUCUCAAUAAGCAACAGAUAUAA